UUACAAUAAUUUCUUCCGGCAAGUGGGCACAACUCCGGCAUUGGUGGUGUUUACCAUAAGGAAGUAAAUAAAACAUUAUGUUACAUUUAGCUCAUCCACCAUUCACAGUAGGAUGUUUAUAGUCUUAAACCGUCCAGCCGCGCCUGAUGGAGUCAUGCCCUUUGUUCAAGAACCAACCGUGGCAUGAGCGAACGGUUGCUUGCUCAUCGCAUUGUGACAAUAAUGUGACUAUUAUGAAAAUCGUGAUCGCGCUUUGUCGAAUCUAGUGGACGCGUCUGCUCACAAAGCGGUUCGUCAUUCAUCCGCAAUCCACAAGUCCACAUCAUCCAGACAUAAAUCGGUGCUUAACAUGACAUCUGCCAUCAACUCAUCCUUACUCCAUUCACAUCACAAUGUUCUUCACUACACCUGUCUCCACGAGUCCCUACUCUCCCGACUACUAUCCCCGCUACCGCCCCGGAAUCUCAUUCGUUGUCCCUGCUCUUGCUACCAAACAUCUCGCGGAGCAACGUGAGCGUGCACGGGCUCUGCGUUACCAGCAGCAGCCUGUGAAUCAGCCUAACCCAAUUGCUCUCCUUGCUCACGAGUACAACGAACUUCCCGACCAGCAGCGCAUGAUGUGCGUCUUGCGUACCUGUAGACCACAGGAUGAGAAAAAUAUUGGCUACAUUAUGGCCCUCGAGCACGCUAAAAUGCAGCGGGCCAACCACACGGCCCACCAGACAGCUGAAAUGCAGUGGUUCAGGAUCCGAGAGUGGCAGUAUCUUGUCGCUUUAAACGCUCACUUCGAGGAGGAGCAAGCUUUUGCCCGCCGCCGUGCAGAUGCUGAGAAAUUCCUCGAAGAAGCUGAAACCUACCUCAGCGGAUUUCUACCUCCAGAUGAGGAGCCAUGCCUCAGCGCCUUUCAGCCUUUCGAACUGCCUGAUACUCCUCUUCCAACUUCCACCUCCCAGGUCCUUGUUCAGGAUGAGCCUUUGCUCAGGGACAUGAUUGAAGACUGUGUUGUGACAGAGAACCGUGUUAUGACAGAGUACCAGUUUGAAGUGCGCGAUACGCUCCAGUCGAUCCUUGACUGUCUCUCUGCAGUCACUUCGACCGAAGGUCCUAUCGAACACAUUCCCGUACCAUCCACCGCCGCGGAGAUUUCUAGCUCGAUGCAGGUCAACGUCGAUGAAGAGGGAACUACAUCCUCAUAGGAAGGGAAAGGAGAAGCCAAGGAGACCCCUGUAUGUGACGCUGAAGAGUCUUCUGCAUCUCCGGCCCGAGUCGCACCUUCGUUCUCCCAGAUCACUUCCAUCUCCUC